GUGCUGGUUCUCUGAAAAUUAUUUCAUGUUAUUUGUACUCAGGUGCGUAACCUAACUAUAAAACUUGGCUGCUUAUUGUUCACUAUAUUUCUUUUCACUGAUGAAUUUUCCAUGUUAUUUUAAUUUGCCAUACCACAUUAAUUUCUUAUUCAACGUUGUUCUUAACUAUUUACAGGUUGUAACAAAAUUUCUCACUAUAGAGUCCUUGCUUGACGAGAGCGUUGACAAGGAGAUAAAUUUGCACAUCGAAAGAGGUGGAACUCCUUUAACAGUAACGCUGAAGGUAAAGGAUUUGUACUCCAUAACUCCAAAUCAUUUCCGGGAACUUAGUGGUGUUGUCAUCCAUCCACUUUCAUAUCAGCAGGAUGAUCUGAAGCACCCAGAAGAAGUUGAGGACAGGACGAGAGGAGGGAACAAGAAGCUUCGUUUAUCAUUGAUGUUAUGUUGUGCACUUGUUGGGUCUUGAACCUUUAUGUGUAGAGGAGUCGAUGGAUGAUGUAUUGUAAU